AUGUCUUCUCGACAUUUCCCGAAACCCACUUUCCCACCAUUCCGUUUUUCCUCUUUCCUAGCGCAUUCCUUCCAUAGUCAAGCGCGUAGGCCGGUAGGCACUAGGGCAGCGGUGAACCACCCUAACACCCUCCCGUCGCCUUCACUUCCCCCUCCCGUCGCCUUCACUUCCCCCUCCCGUCGCCUCCACUUCCCCCUCCCGUCGCCUCCACUUCCCCCUCCCGUCGCGUCCACUUCCCCCUCCCGUCGCCUCCACUUCCCCCUCCCGUCGCCUUCCACUUCCCCCUCCCGUCGCCUCAACUUCCCCCUCCCGUCGCCUCAACUUCCCCCUCCCAUCGCCUCAGGUUCCCCCUCCCGUCGCCUCAACUCCCCCCUCCCGUCGCCUCCACUACCCCCUCCCGUCGCCUCAGGUUCCCCCUCCCGUCCAAUCCCCCACUUCCCCCCGUCCAAUCCCCCACUUCCCCCCCGUCCUAUCCCCCACUUCCCCUGUGAAGCUUUCCCCACUCCACUAGGACCACACCGCCUUUCCGACCGUGCAUGCCCUCCGCUCCUGUUGCCCAUAUCUUCGUGCGACAGUGGACAUUCCUCCCUUCCCCCUGCUACCCCUGUCAUCCUCCCUUCCCCCUGCUACCCAUCUCAUCCUCCCUUCACCCUGCUACCCCUGUCAUCUUCCCUUCCCCCUGCUACCCCUGUCAUCUUCCCUUCCCCCUGCUACCCCUGUCAUCUUCCCUUCCCCCAGCCACCCAUCUCAUCUUCCCUUCCCCCUGCUACCCCUGUCAUCUUCCCUUCCCCCUGCUACCCAUCUCAUCCUCCCUUCCCCCUGCUACCCAUCUCAUCUUCCCUUCCCCCUGCCAGCCACCCAUCUCAUCUUCCCUUCCCCCUGCUACCCCUGUCAUCUUCCCUUCCCCCUGCUACCCAUCUCAUCCUCCCUUCCCCCUGCUACCCAUCUCAUCUUCCCUUCCCCCUGCUACCCCUGUCAUCCUCCAUACCCCACCCCCACUCACCUCUCCUCCCUCCCUUUGCCCCCCACCAGGCAGACGAUAAGACUAUCAGGGGCCUGGCAUUUGGCGGGGCCUCGUCUGCUCCCCUCCCCUCCCUCCCCACUCCCCUCUCCUCCCUCUGUUUGCUCCCAACCAGGAGCCUGUUUAUCUUGCAUGUGCAUCACACAUCGAGUGAUCACGGCAGAUUAGUCCACCUAGUGAUCACUCCCUCCCCCUUCCCUUUCAUCCGUGAUGUUGGCAGAUUCAACCCAAUUGUGCCAUUGUGCGUGCGGCUCUCAUUAUCGCCCUAG